AUGGACAAAGGUGUGACGUGUGAACAUUUAAAUAAACUUGUUGAUUUCCUCGGAAAAGAGCUAUGGCAGUCGAAAGAGAGUCUAAACUGUUUCGACUGUGGUUGUCCUGGUCCGAAUCUCUGGAUUUGUUUGCAACCUGAUUGUCACCAUAUAGGCUGUUCUGAAGUUAAAAAUGAUCACAGCACUAUACACCAAAAGAAUUUUCCAUCUCAUUGUGUUCAUAUGAAUGUAACAACUGAGAGGAUAUGGUGUUACUUGUGCGAGAAAGAGGUUCACAUCAGAACAGCCAUCGCAAAGGCAAAGAUGAAGCCAGACUCCACGACUGUAGAGGAGAUGCUGGUGUCACGUUCAGGGUCUGUGGGGAUCAGCGUCAACUCGGACGAGGACCUCGACCCUGAUGACAUGGAGUACGAGGAACAGAGACCCCGAGUCGUUGCAGGUCUAGUUGGUCUGCAGAACAUGGGCAACACCUGCUACAUGAACGCGGCGCUGCAGGCUCUCAGCAACACGCAGCCGCUGACGUCAUACUUCCUGGAGUGUUCCGCAGCUGUGGCCUUGCUGGUGGGCGACAAGAAACCAGGGCUUAGUCGAGCAUACCAAAAAUUAAUUAGAGAAAUGUGGAGUAGGAAAACUAGAGGCUAUGUUGUACCUAAUGGUAUACUGUAUGGAAUAAGGAAUGUACAUCCGAUGUUCCGUGGAUACCAGCAACAUGAUACACAGGAAUUCCUGCGGUGUUUCAUGGACCAGCUACACGAGGAACUUAAAGAACCGGUGUGGGACAGUGUGUCAGAUGAUAAAUUGGUGUCAGAGGUUGAAGGUGAUCAAGAGACAAGGAACAUUCAUACAAGGAGACGGGCAGCUUCAUCGGGAGCGAACGAUGCUGCCUAUUUCUCACGGUUAAGACACUCACCGGCAGCGUCGGGAUACACUGAGAGGAAUGACAGUUACUUAAGGGUACAGCCUCAAUCUGAGCACGUUUCAAAACAUCGACGGUCAGCGAGCUUCGCUGGAACACAUCUAGCUUAUAAUAUACAUCAAACUAACGGUCCAACGGAUUCAAGGGACGUGGGUAGUGAGUCUGAAUUGUCAAGCGAGGCGGAGGAGAGGUACGAGACUUGCUCCAGCGGCGCCAGUGAAGCACCCGACGCUCAUGAGAACACGUCCCCGUCUUGGAGUGGCGGCGGUGGUGACGGGUGCGGCGGCGCCAGGUACCGCAGCAUCAUCUCGGACGUGUUCGACGGGAAGCUGCUGUCAUCUGUACAGUGUCUCAUCUGUGAUAGGGUUUCAACUCGUGUGGAGACAUUCCAGGAUCUUUCAUUGCCCAUACCGUCCCGCGAACACCUUGCUAUGUUACAUCACACGCCGCACACAGACCAGGAUUCAUGGCUGUGGUGGUUAUUUUCCUGGUUCCGUUCGUGGUUGUACGGGCCGGCGGUGUCUUUGCAGGACUGUUUGGCAGCUUUCUUCAGUGCAGACGAACUCAAAGGCGAUAAUAUGUAUAGUUGUUCUCGAUGCAACAAGCUCCGUAACGGUGUGAAGAUGUCCGGUGUAAUCAGACUACCGGAAGUGUUGUGUGUUCAUCUGAAGAGGUUUCGCCACGAACUCAUGUUCAGCGCUAAAGUGGCGGCCAGAGUGUCGUUUCCGAUAAACGAUUUAAAUAUGGCUCCUUAUUGUCAUAAAGAGUGCACGUCAUCCGUGUCCCGCUACUCCCUGUGCGCGGUCAUAUGUCACGCGGGCACGGCGGGCGGCGGUCACUAUACGUGCGCGGCCCGAGUGGAUGAUAGGUGGUAUUCAUUCGACGACGCGGCCGUCACGCCGCUGACUACACACCACCUGGCUUCUUGCGAGGCAUACGUGCUGUUCUACAGAAAAGUAAAUCCACAAAUGGCAGCCCUAAGACAAAAAGCGGCCGAAAUAUUAGAAUCGGCUAACUCGGAACCCAACGACAUUAAGUUUUACAUCUCAAAGCAGUGGAUUAAUAAAUUCAAUACGUGGGCGGAGCCUGGUCCCAUAGACAACAGUGACUUUGUUUGUGUACACGGCGGAGUACGUCCCGAGCGCGCGCCUCACCUGCCAGCGUUGGCUGCCCGUCUGCCGCAACCACUGUGGGACUUUCUAUACCAUCAAUUCGGCGGUGGGCCGGCCGUGUCUCACGCUCACGAGUGUGGAGUGUGUGCUCGAGCACAACAGAGAUUGCGAGCGAGGAGAGCCAGGGAACUAACGGCCUUCGCUGAACUACACGCCAUGUUCCAGCUCCCAUAUAGAAGAGGAGGUCGAAGUUCAAAGGACCAGGAACGCCCUCUAGCGGUGUUCGCGAUCAGUAUGGCGUGGUUCAGACAGUGGCAGGCGUUCGUGAGGGACAAGGCGCGACACCCGCCGCCGCCCGUAGAUAACACUUCUAUUGUUGUUAAACAGGAGAUCGAGGGUAUAGUGUCAUAUGUAUUAAAGCCGGGUUCAGAUCACGCGCAGCUCAGCGAAGAAUUGUGGAGGUUUUUCACCGAUAUAUACGGCGGCGGGCCCGAGAUCCGGCUGUCAGCGCCGCCGCAGAGAGUUACACGAACUACAAGGAACUACUCCGAAUCAGACAGAGAAGAAUACUGCACUAAAUCAUCAUCCGAGGUCAAUCUAUGGCUGCAAAAAAAUCGCUCGCUACAAAACAUCAGCAGACGCUACAAAGCGGAUUCUGAUGAGGAAAUAUACAGGAAAUACAAGCGACCGACCGGAUAUGACUCAGAUGAUUGCAUGGAGACGAGCCCAACGACCAGCUACAACACUAUAAAGAUGGAGAACGGAGUGUUAGACCACAAUGAAGACCUGCCGAACUUAGACAGCAUAUCACUAAAGAAUACACCAAAAACAUGUAAAGUUAGAAAGACGAAACGCAGGACGGUCAAGUGA